AAGCCACGGGCGUUCGGUAGGCAGACCGCAGCGGCAGAGUGCAGAUUUUACAUGCCAGAUAGCGCGCGGACAGGUUGAGAAACAGGGGAGAACGAACGAGACCACAGUGGGGGGAGCCAGGAGGUCGACAUCAGACGGACGAACGGAAGACAACCUGAGUAAAAUUAAGACCUCCGAAGGAUUGUCGAUAUCACGUUUACAACCAGACCGGAGGAGAGCGGGGAUCUUCUCGAGACGUUCUGCUCCCCUUGUCCGAAUCUGUCGCCGCAUUUCCUUGAAGGAGCCUGAAAGGAGAGAGAACACACCCGCAGAGGGGAAUGCAAUGACAGUCCGAUUAUCUCAGUAGGAUACAGCCUUCAAUAGCCUACAGACGCAAUGGGAAAGCACAGCUAAAAACGACCGAGCCUGUGCGUCUGUGUGUGUAUUUGUGCCUAUGCGUGAGUGUGUGUGAAUGUGUCUAUGCAUAUGUGCACCAAUCUGGAGUGAUGAGAAGGCAAACCAAAGAGGGGAUCCGCGUCGCUGGUGUCAUCUGCCAGGGUUAUUCUCCUGAGUUCAGGGUUUACCGUGUCCACCCUCGGCCUCCCCACGCCUGUGGCGGGAUAUGAUGGAGAGUCCCAAUGGCUCCGGCAACGACACCAGACCGCACAGUCACCACCAGCUGGAGAAGAAACGGUUAAAUCGCGCCCCGUCUCCGGCGAGACCUUUCCUAAAGGAUACACACUCCCGUUCUCCGAAGGCGACCGCCAUCGUACCAAAAUCCCCCAAGCUCAACAAGCAGCAAGCGCCCACGGGGCAGUUAGCCACGCAGAGUCGUCUUUCACGGCGAACCUUAACCGGGGCGAAGGACAAGUGCGCACCGGCAAAAAGUCACCCCAAGUCCUCGGUGACCAAAAAGGCCGUUAAAGUCACGCAACAUGUAGCGGCAGCAGAGUCGAAAACCGCCAGCAAAGUGGUCGACAGCAGUCCACACCUCGCCAAAAGCAAAAAGGGCAGAGUAGCCCCACUUUCUCAUGGACCCCUUGGCCAUGGGUCCCCCAUCCGUGUUCCCACCGGUGCUACUAUCGGUCGGGUCGGUCAGACAGACAGCAGCUCCGACCUGUCCGACUGCCCAUCCGAGCCGCUCUCCGACGAACAGAGACUUGCACAGGCGCCCAGCAGCGACGCCGAAUCAGGGACCGGUUCCGGGUCCAGCGAACGGGAUCAUGUGGUGGCGGGAGAUAAUCCGCAGCAGACCGCGUCAGCCUCAGAAGCGAGCGGGGCGCCAGUCGCUCGGCUGCGCACAGUGGAGGCUCCCGGAGCGAGAGGCAUGUCUCAGGCUUCGGCCAGUGCAGGUGCACACGCCGAGAAAAGCAAGCAGGACAAAUCUGCUGCUGCGAGCGCACAAUUUAAACUGGAUCGCAGCAAUGAAUUAAUAGAGGAGGAUUUAUUAAGGGAAAUAGAGGAGCUACGAUCUGAAAACGACUACCUCAAGGAUGAAGUGGACGAGCUGCGUGCGGAGAUGGAGGAGGUGCGGGACAGCUACCUGGAGGAGGAGAUGUACCAGCUGCAGGAGCUGCGGCGCGAGCUCGACCGCUCCAACAAGAACUGCCGCAUCCUCCAGUACCGGCUGCGCAAGGCCGAGCAGCGGAGCCUCCGUGCUGCUCAGAGUGGACAUGUGGAUGGAGAGCUGUUACGCAGUCUGGAGCAGGACCUCAAGGUGGCCAAAGACGUGUCAGUGCGUCUGCACAACGAAUUGGAGAGCGUGGAGGACAAGCGCACGCGGGCGGAGGAUGAGAACGAGAUGCUAAGGCAGAAGAUCAUCGAGGUGGAGAUCUCCAAACAGGCCCUGCACAACGAGCUGGAACGAAGAGAGAAUGCACUCAGGAGGAGGGGGAGCCACAAAGACAAGAAAUCUGCAACACAGGAGGACAGUGCAGACCUGCGUUGCCAGCUGCAGUUUGCUAAGGAGGAGUCGGCGCUGAUGCGUAAGAAGAUGGCCCGGCUGGGCCGCGAGCGAGACGAGCUGGAGCAGGACCUGCAGAAGUACAAGAGCGUCUACGGCGACAUGGACAGCCCCGUGGCCCCCAGCGAGGCCCCGAGCGGCGGCGGGGGGCCCCACAGCACGCGCGAGGCCGAGCUGAGGCUACGGCUGCGUCUGGUGGAGGAGGAGGCCAACAUCCUGGGCCGCAAGCUGGUGGAGCUGGAGGUGGAGAGUCGCGGCCUGCGCGCCGAGAACGAGGACCUUCGGGCGCAGUGCGAGCGCGACUGGACCGAGCGUGGGCCGGCGCUGGGUGGGGGAGGGGGGGGGGGCGAAGCGAAGCAAUUGCCACCGUCUGAGUCGGUCGGGGAGCUCCGGCGCCACCUGCAGUUCGUUGAGGAGGAGGCGGAACUGCUGCGGCGCUCCAUCGCCGAGAUGGAGGACCACAACCGGCAGCUGACCACCGAGCUCAGUCGGUUCAAGUUUGGGCCCGGAGACGGCGAUGGGGGGGGUGAUCCAGAGGGGGAGGGGGCGGCGGACAUCACGAUGGGCAGCGUGGCGGCACUUCAGGAGGAGCUGAAGGCAGCGCGGCUGCAGAUCAACGAGCUCUCGGGGAAGGUUCUCAAGCUGCAGUACGAGAACCGCGUGCUUGUGUCCAACGCGCAACGCUACGACCUCGCCUCACACCUGAGUCCGGCCACCGUUGAGGUGCACGCCCCCCACGCUGCCGUAACCAUGGCGACGGCACUGCGGGAGGAGGAAGAGGAGGACGAGGAGGAAGAGGUUGGCCAGGCCCUCCUGCUGCAGCCCAAGCGUGAAGGCCCGGUGGGCGGCGAGAGCGACUCGGAGGAGGUGCUGGAACGCUCGGUCACCUCAGGACUGGGCAGCAGCAGUGGUGGCGGAGGCGGAGGAGCAGGGGGGUUGGGCCUCAAACCGUGGGAGGCUGACCUGAUUGGCCAGCGGCGUCGGGCGGAGGAGGGGCUCCGGCGGGAGGCGGAGCGUCUGGGUCGCAGCGUGGACCGCCUCAUCGCCGACACGGACAGGCUAAUCCACGAGGGCGUGGCAGUGGUGGUCACGGCAGCGUCGGAGAGUUCCGAAGAGUGCGAGUCGAUGACGGUCGUGCCGGCGGGCGAGGUCAAGCAGGACGAGGCGGUGCUGGAGACGGUCAGCGCGCGCAUGAAGGCCUUCAGGGCCGAGCUACUGGGCUUUAUGGAAAGAGUGGAGCGCCUCGGUGACGGUCAGCGGGAGCCUGACCUGUCACCCCUGCCGCACCUGACCGAGUCCAGCAGCUUCCUUUCCACCGGGACCUCUCUGUCCCGAGACUCACCCAUCGGCACCCUGGGGAGGGACCUGCUCGCUGACCUCCAGACGGUCCAGCCCAUGGUGUUGUUCCUCCUUGUUGUCAUUCUUUCCUCGUCCUUGUCCUAUGCCACCAUUUUUAAGUUGGUCUUCCUCUUUGCCCUUUUCUUUGUGCUCUAUCCGGGCAGGGUGAGGAGCGCCCCCUCCAGUGGUGCCUGGGCCUGGGGGGGGGGCUGGAGAGAGGCGGCCGCCCCAGGCUCCGCCAGGCGCAGGGGAACCCCGGGACACGCUAGAGGCGGCAGGCCGCAGGGGGUGAGAGGAGCGGAGCGGUUGGACCCUGGCCAGGUUCUGAGAGUAAUCCAUGGUGUUCUGUGUGGUGUGGUCCAGAUCCGAGACCCGUCUAACCCUGAGGUCACAUCUCCAGCUUGGGAAUUCCAGUUCCGUUUGAGACCCGGUCAGGAGGACCGUGAGAACCUGACAGGACCAGUCACUCAGCAGGAGGCGCGGCGUGGCCUGGAGCUGCAGGGUCUGCAGACGCACGAGGCGCCGUGGCCGCAGGAGAGGGCGCUGUUGCAGCAGGAGGUGCGGCUCUUCCGCCACCACACCGUUGUCCUCUACAUGAAGCUGCGCUGGAUCCUUACCCACUGGAGGCUCGGCCGCAGGGCUGAGGCCGGAGAGGAGGGCGCCCACGAAGAGUAUGAACGCCUGGAGAACAUUCCGGAGCUGGGUGUUGCCGUGGAGACGGGUGAUGGAGAGGGGGACGUCAGGCCCUGUGCCAAAAUCACUGGAGGAGUUGGAGAAGUCUCGGACCCUGGACCACUGCUGCCCUCACCGGACCCCUACCAGCACCAGAAACAGGUUGGUGAGAACCGGCGUGUGCUGCAUGCAUUGCGCUCACUGCUGGAGGAGUUUGGCUGUGAGCUGCGCGAGGAGGAACAGCGGAGACUGCAGCUGCAGCAGACAUACGCCAGUGAGAGGGCAUCAUGGGAAAUACAGCGCGCAGAGAUGAGACGCCGCCUCGCGCAGCUGGAGGAGGUGGCGGGCUCCACGGGAGGAGGUGAAGGAGUGUCGGACCCCCUGAAGCAGGAGCGUGAGGAGCACCGGCGCCUCCUAGCUGAGAGCCAUGGCGCUGCACUGGAGCUGCGCUGGAGACUUCACCGCGGAGAGGCGGCUGGGGCAGAGAGAGAGACAGGAGCUCCUGGAGCACUUCCACAGAGAGAGACAGACCUGGAUGCAGAUGAGCUGGCCCUGCGGAGGGUAAGGAGGCGGGACUCAAAGGGUCUGUUCCCCCAGGAGAACCCACAAAGACCCGGCUCCCCUCUUUCGCCCCGGCUCCCUCCACGACUCGGGAGCCGUGCUUUGGAGGACGCGGGAUGGUGGGACCCCCCUGAAGCAGGGCGUGAGGAGCACCGGCGCCUCCUAGCUGAGAGCCAUGGCGCUGCACUGGAGCUGCGCUGGAGACUUCACCACGGAGAGAGACGCUGGGGCAGAGAGAGACAGGAGCUCCUGGAGCACUUCCACAGAGAGAGACAGACCUGGAUGCAGCGAGAGCUGGCCCUGCCGGAGGGUAAGGAGGCGGGACUCCAGCGGGUCUGUUCCCCCCAGGAGAACCCCUGCAAGACCCCGCGCUCCCCUCAAGCCAGCUCCCCUCCGACUCGGAGCAUCCAUCCUGGGGAGAGCCUCUUCCUGGACGCCCUCUCCCUCGACCCACCCAGCCAGGCCCAGGUACCGCCACCAUCCAGGUUGGCGAGCGAGAAGAGGUUCCCCUGCCUGAAGGAGGCCCUUAAUGAGAUCUCUGAGAGGGCAGAGCCAUCUGCCUACUCAGAGGAAGAACCGAUCAGUGGAAGCCUUCUCAGGGCCAAGUCUGUCUGCUCCAUGAGCGACUUCCAGCGCCUGAUGGACAGUUCCCCCUUCCUUCCCGACAAGUCAAGUUGCCAGAGCGACCACGGUGGCGGUGUGCGUGACCGCGGCGAAGUGACUCCUCCCCUGUCCCCGGAUGACCUCAAGUACAUCGAGGAGUUCAACAGCAAAGGCUGGGAGCUGGCCACGGCCCUGAGUGCCUCCUGCCCCAUCCCAGGACCCCUCACCCUCCUUGGGCAGCAGCAGCCUCCCCCAGCCUCGGCUCUGGAGGCCUGGACCGAGCGGACAGACCCCCGGCGACUCGGUCCCGCCGACCCCACUGCCGACCCGUUCCAGCCGGGCUCGUGGUUCCUGACCACCAGCGCCACACUUACCACCAGCACCCUCAGCAGCCCGGAGCACUGCCAGCGUAGCACUGCCGUAGCGCCCCCGGGGCCGUCACUGUCGCCGUCCGCCCAAACGGCGCCGGAGCACUUUGGGGUGCGUGUGCUGCACAGCCCCACGCGGGCAGCCAAAGACGGGGGCGUCUGGGCGGGUGGAGGAGGUGGAGGAGGAGGAGGAGCUGGAGGUUACGCAGCAGCAGCAGCGGCGGCCGCAGCGCUGGAGCUCAACUUGAGUGACGACAUGAAGGAGGUGGCCUGCGGCGGCGCUGGCCCUCCCCCACCCCGCCUCCCGCCACCCGCUUUGCGCCGACGGGCGUGCCAGACCAACGGCAUGAUGUCGCGGGGCACGCAGACGUGCCAUGCGGUGAGCGUGGGGCUCCAGACGGACAGCGCCCUGCGGGCUCUCACCAGCAGCCCCCACCGCUGCCUGACGCCCAAGGGCGGCGGCUCCACGCCUCCUCGCACCGGCGCCACUCGCCCCAGCCCCAACGCGUGCCCCGGACAGGCCAAGUUUGAGCGGCCCUGCUGCUCCCCCAAAUACGGCUCCCCGAAGCUCCAGCGCAAGCCCUCGGGCACGGCCAAGACGGAGCCCGCGGCGGUUGGGGGUGGUGGAGUGGUAUCAGGGGUCAGUGGAGGGGGAGGGGGAGCGAAUUCAGGCGCUGUUGGAGGAGGAGCAGGAGGGGCGGGAGGGUCUAGUCGGACCCCGACGCCAACGUCCACGCCUCAGAAGGGGAACAACGAGUCGGCGUGGGCACGGUCGACGACGACUCGUGAUAGCCCCGUCCACACCACCAUUAACGACGGCCUGUCCAGCCUCUUCAACAUCAUUGACCACACGCCACUCGCUCUGGAGCCUGCCGGGGCCAAGUUCACACGCUCCCCCAGCAGGGCGAGGCCCCAGCAGGCCGGCGAGAGUUCUGCGGCGCCCCCUGCUGGACCGGAUCCAAAGUGCGCGUCGGGGGGUGCAGUGCAGGAGCUGCUGAGGGGGUCGGGUGUACCGCGAGGCCGCUCUCCGAGCCCCGUCCAGCAGCUGGUUAUCAUGGAGGUGCAGGGCAGCGAGGUGGCCAGCAUCCGGCAGGACCUGUCGGCACCGCCGGGACACACGCUGGCCGAGAACACGGCGCGGCUGCUGAACAGGAAGCUCCAGGAGCAGAAUGCUCGCGAGGAGAGGAGGCUGCAGGUGGUCACUGGCCCAGCGCCGGGAGCUCACGGCAGGGACCCCAGGUCCACAGACGCUGGGGAAAGGGCUGGAUGUAUGGAGGACCUGCCUCGUUCUCCAGUGGCUCCUCCCCUGGAGGCGUGUUUUCAGCGCCCUGCCCGUCCUGCCAACCGCCGGCCCCCAUCCCGCUGGGCCGCGCGCUCCCCUAACUCUUCCCCGACGUGGCGCAGCACAGUUGCGCAAAGGUUCCGCUUCCCCACCCAAACCAUCCCCGAACUGGAGGAACCUAGUCUAGAGCCAAGGCCGGCGUGAGGGCGGGAGAGAGAGAAAGAGAGAGAGAGAGAGAGAGAAACUAGAAGGAAAGUGAUAAAGAAAGGAGAGCACCAGUGAGAGACAGCGUGGACUUUGCCAUCAAGCCUCCGUCUGCCUCUGCCUCUGCACUCUUCUCCUCCUCUCUUUAAUCUCUCUUCUCUCUUGCCUGCCAUCUCUCUGCCCUUUAACUCUCCUUAUUCCAGCCUGUCCUCAAGAUCAUACCUUCCACAAACCUGACACACACACACACACACACACACACACACACACUCUCAUACAAACACACACACACCAAGAGGACCACAAGCACCAGCUACCCAAAAUGGAGAGUUUCAGAACUUUCCAACAGAACUCAAGGACCCUGAAUGGAAUGUACCAAUGCAAAACUACUACAAGGAAAGAAGCAAAACGAACAAACAAGUAAACAAAAAAAAAACACAACUCUUCCAUCACAGGUGCCUGCUCACACCUGAGUUCUCAGUCGCGCCACAUGUCUGUGUGUUAAUGUGUAUAUACAUUUACUGAGAUUUUUAUUUAAGAUGCUCCAAAAGUGGAGUCACUCGCAAGAGUGAACAGUAAUAAAUCAUUUGUGUCACCGCAAGCAUCACAUGUUUGUAAGCUUGCAAAUCUGAUAGUGCUGUAUGCACUUGCUGAUAGUGUUGUAUGCACACACACACACACACACACACACGCACACACACACACACACACACAGUUCAGUUCAGAUCAGAUAGCUCACUGACCUUUCCAUAGAUUUGACCCAGCUUGGGCCCAAAGCUGGUUUGUUCUGUCAGGACAGGUGCUAUCUGUAAUAUGUUGCUGUAUCAAAGCCUCACCUGUAAAUACAAACACAACUGGAGAAACACGCUGAUGCUAUUUUCAUAUCUGAAGCCUGUUAUCUCCAGAUGGUCACCCCCACGCUGUCUCACGGCCUUCAAAGCUUGAAUGAAAAUAAAAACAACGCAAACCUACAGCCGUUCCGCUGAGAGCUCUCAAUCUAAACGCUCUCAGCUCGUAGUCCACCAGAGAGAGGACACAGGGAACCCACACACUACAACCACUGGGGUGG